GGGUGCUGGUGCCGAAAGACCCGGGAAGGGCCGAGUUUCCCUCCCGCCCUGGCAGCAGGACUCCCGUAGGGGUAACGGGGCGGGGGGGGGGGGGGGGGAGGCUCCCCUUCUAGGCCCAGGAGCUGGCUGGGGCAGCGGGCCCUGCUUCUCGAGGAGAGGCUGCUGGGAAGCCGGAUUUAUUGCUGUGACCUGGCUUGCGACCUGGCCGAUCAGUGCCGUCUAGGGAAAAAGUGUAGCCUGAAACAAAGCCUUAGUCGAUUGGAUCCCAGGUGGCUGCUUUUCUAGCCCGAAGUGCGAAUCUUGUGAAGCAGGGUCAGUCUUUGGUGCGGCAGUUUUAAUGUAUAUAAUUAAACCGUCACAGUUGUAAAGCUAAAACCCUGAGCUUGUUAAUUUCCCUUAUUGGGCAAUGAAGGAUCCACUGUUUUUUCAUUUUUGCUUCCAGCCCUUCAGAGGCUGUUACACAUAGCUAAAGCUAACUUUAAAGCUAAACCUAAGUUGAACUGGGACUGUGUGCACAGAAUGUGGUUUAUACUGAAGUUUGGGUAACAUAGGAAAGCUCUAUUUCUCUAUAAAGCCAUACCCAGCAUUCCUUGUAGGAUGUUCUCCACUGAUUGCUCUUAGAGUUGCUUAGGUGGCUUUUAAUAGUGUUCUAAUAUUUCCUCCUUUUAGGAGUAGGAACUGCAAAAGUGGUGGAACAAGCUCCUCUCAGUGUAACUUAGGGGCUGCCUGGUACUGAAACUUGAUGUAACUGUGCUGUUGCCUCCCUGAAAAUGUAGACGAGUGUAAAAAAACCCUGAGCCAGAGAACUAGUGGUUAAAACCUAUUUUCCAGAAUCUUACAGUGUUUUAUUGUCCUCCAUACCAAUGGUCAAAGGAUGUGUGUUCCUUGCUUGACUCUCCUGGUUGAUCCCAGGAACAGGAAUUUUUCCUACUUGUGCCAGCACUUAAGGCUUUGAAAGCUACUCAUUGGAUCCUUGUGUUACUUUAGAUACAAGAUUAUUUAUCCUUGUCAUUAAAUUUUUUUUUUAAUGUGGAUGGAGUGUGUAAACUAGUGAUAAAGAGAUGCUUUUAUUUAAUCUGAUCUGGUAAAGUUACAGUGUUACUGAAGUCUUCAUAAGAAAUCUUCGCUCAAGGAUCUUAUCUCGAGAGGCAGUGAGUGAAGGUGUGGUUUGCCCAAGGUCGCACGGUAAGACUGUUCUAGUGCUGAAAAUAGAUGUUAAAUCUCUUAAUUUGCAGUGUUGCUCUGAGUACCAGAAAACGGUCGCUUUCUGUGUAAUGAGUAAUUUGCAGGGCAAACUUAUUGAUCAUCCUAAACAGACUGUGGAAUGCUUGUUAAUACCAAUACAGUCUCCUUCUCCCUUUUAAUAGAGCAUUCAGAAAUGGAUAAUUCCAUUUUCAAACCAAAAGCAGAAAAUGAGCAAGUCUUCUCCCCUCCCCCAAUACUUAAGAUGCACUCUUCUCUUUAAACAUGAUAGAGAAGGUUCCAAUACUAUUGCUGUUUAAUAAGUGACAUUCAGUUGUUUAUGGAUCAUACAGUUUUCUUGACCAGUAAUUCAGCCAAAACUUUUGGAAGGUCCCCAUCUAGAAAGCAGAACUACUCUUCUAAAAAUGAAAACUCUGUAGAAGAAAGUUUUGAGGAUCUGCUCUUGAAGUAUAAGCAGAUACAAUUAGAGCUUGAAUACAUUAAUAAAGAUGAACGACUGGCUUUGAGCAACAGGGAAGAAAAUGAACAACAAGAUGAUGAUAAAACAGCAGACACUGAGGACCAAAUAACUGUAGAAAAUGACAGUAUUACAACGGAUGCUAUAAAAGAAGUAUCUCCUGAGGAGAAAAAUCCGGUUAUAGCCUUUCAGGCAUUUGAACUGAAACCUCUCAGACAAAAACUGCCUACUCCAGCUGAGAGGAGCAGGUUAAAAAAAGGCAAAGAAGGAACGAAACAGUCAUCGCAAAAAUCUGAAGUCACAGAAUCUGGCCAAGGUACAGAAGACAGAGAACAAACAUCAGUGCGAAAGCUUAGCAGUUCAGAUGUUACAUCUGAAAAGAAGCUGCUUGAUGAUGAGGAGGAGAUGUCUGAAUUGCAACUUAGGCUUCUUGCACUUCAGUCUGCUAGUAAAAAAUGGCAGCAAAAAGAACAACAGGUGAUGAAGGAAAGCAAGGAAAAAUUAACAAAAACGAAAAGUGUAACACAGAAAGUCAAAGCCAGUACAAAAGCACAUUCAACAAAAAAACCUAGUGCUACAGCCAAGCAGGCUUUGAGGAAACAACAGACGAAGACGUCAAAAAAGAUGCAGCAGCAAAAGGAACAAGACAGGCGUCAGAAAGAGGAAGACCAGAGGAAACAAGAAGAGGAAGAGGAGAGAAGAAAGAGAGAAGAAGAAAUCAGAAAAAUUAGGGACCUCUCAAAUCAAGAAGAGCAGUACAAUCGAUUUAUGAAGCUAGUUGGAGGAAAGAGGAGAUCAAGAAGCAGGUCUUCAGAUACGGACUUGAGAUGGUCUUUGGAUAAGCAGUCUACAGAUAGUGCAGGAGGCAUAUAUCAGUAUGAUAAUUACGAUGAAGUUGCUAUGGAUACAGAUAGUGAAACUAACUCUCCAGCUGCUUCUCCAGUGCAGCCUCCUUUCUUUGAGUGUCCGAUAGGAUAUUUUCCACCUCCAGUACCACCAAUUUCCUUGCCACUGCCACCUCCGAUUCCACCUGUACCGUCUUUGAGCCAACUUUAUGUAGAGGGUAUUUCUUGUGUUUCGCUUGAGCCGCCUCCACCUCUUCCACCUCUUCCCCCUGAAGAGCCUGAACAGCCACCAAAACCUCCAUUUGCUGAUGAGGAAGAGGAAGAGGAGAUGCUGUUAAGAGAAGAAUUACUCAAGUCUCUAGCCAACAAACGAGCUUUCAGAUCUGAGGAAACUUCAAGUAACAGUGGUCCGCCUUCCCCUCCUGUUCCAGAUAAUUUGCACUCUGUGCCAAGAAGCAAUCUGUCCGCUGUCAGUAUUAAUACUGUGUCUCAGCCACGGGUACAAAAUACAAAGUUUGUCAGAGUACCAAGGCCUCCACGAGCAGUGAUCACACUUCCAAAACACAAGUCUGUUGUAGUUACGUUAAAUGACUCUGAUGAUAGCGAGUCUGAUGGAGAGCCAUCUAACUCAGCUAGCAGUGUGUUUGGAGGACUAGAAUCUAUGAUAAAAGAAGCAAGGAGAAAUGUUGAGGCCUCAAAAAUCAAAGCCCCUCCAAAAUCAGAAAAAGAAAAUGAUCCAAUGAGAACUCCAGAGGCUCUACCAGAAGAUAAGAAGAUAGAAUACAGGCUCUUAAAAGAAGAGAUUGCCAGUCGUGAGAAGCAACGCUUAAUUAGAUCUGAUCCACUGAGGAAUAAUUCAUCGCCUGCAAAUUCUGAUGGUGAAGUUGAUGGAAUUGGGAGAAUAGCAGUAGUGACAAAACAAGUCACAGAAGCAGAAGCAAAGCUUAAGAAAAACAGACUUCUGUUGAUGAAGGAUGAAUCUGUCUUGAAACAUUUGUUGCAACAAGAGGCCAAGAAGAGAGAGAAUGUUCGAAUUGCUGAAAAUAAAAUUAACAAACUGGCUGAACAGCUACAAGCAACAGAGAAGAUCUUGAAUGCUAAUAAGAUGUUUCUCAAGAAACUUCAGGAACAAAUUCAUAAAGUUCAACAACGAGUUACAGUAAAAAAAGCUCUGGCAUUAAAAUAUGGGGAAGAACUUGCUCGAGCAAAAGCAGUAGCAAGUAAGGAAAUUGGGAAACGAAAACUGGAGCAAGAUCAUCUUCCAAGCAAAAUGUUGAAAUUGGAGAACUCCCCUGCAUCAAGUCCAAAAAAGCAUUCAGCAGAAUUGAUUGCACUAGAGAAAAAACGACUACAGCAACUAGAAUAUGAAUAUGCUCUAAAGAUUCAGAAAUUGAAAGAGGCCCGCGCACUUCAAACCAAGGAACAAUCAAAUAUUGCACCUCAUGCAGAAGAGGAAUCUGAAUUUGCAUUACCCCAGCCAUCACUUCAUGAUCUUACACAGGAUAAAUUGUCUUUGGACAGUGAAGAAAACUACUUCGAUGAUGAAGUUCUGUCUAAUUCAAACCGAGAACGAAGGAGAUCUUUCAGAGAAUCUAAUUCUUUCACUAAACCAAAUCUUAAACACAUGGACACUCCAAAACAAGAAACUGUAAACAAACUUUCUAAAAAGGCAUCAGAGGAGCCUGAGCUGUUCCUUGGGUUGAAUAUUGAUGAACUGAAAAAACUUUAUGCUAAAGCUGACAGCUUGAAAGAGCUGCUAGUGAAAAGUACUGCCUUUAUAGUACCUAAGGAAGAUCUGUUGUGUGGUCAGGAAAUUUCAGUUGAUGUGGAUUUUGUUACAUCGCAAAAUAAACAAACUGAAGUGAAACCAUUUCCAUUUGGACCGUAUCAUAGUCCUCUUCUAGUAUUUAAAUCCUACAGGUUCAGUCCGUAUUUUCGAACCAAGGAAAAACUGUACCUCAGUUCAGUAACAUAUAGCAAUAUGAUUGAGCCAAAACAGUGUUUCUGCCGUUUUGAUUUAACAGGCACAUGCAAUGAUGAUGACUGUCAGUGGCAGCACAUGAAGGAUUGCACUCUUAGCCGUAAGCAGCUGUUUCAGGAUAUUCUGUCUUACAAUUUAGAACUGAUUGGCUGUUCAGAAAAAAGCACUGAUGAGGAAAUCAGCACUGCCACAGAAAAAUAUGUUGAAAAACUUUUUGGUAUAAACAGAGACCGUAUGUCAGUGGAUCAGAUGGCUGUUCUUCUGGCCAGCAAUGUCAAUGAGAGUAAAAGUCACACACCUCCAUUUACAACAUGGAAAGAUAAAAGGAAAUGGAGACCAAAGUACUGGAGAAAACCUCUGUUAGAUAGUAGCAGCAGUGAAGAGGAACAGUUCGUUGGACCUAUUAAAUAUGCCCAUCCCACAGAGCAUAAAAAAAGAGUUCCAGCUCUUGAUGCUGUGGUGACUCCAGAUGAUGUCCGGUAUUUUACAAGUGAGACUGAUGACAUUUCCAACUUGGAGGCAAGUGUUCAGGAAAACCCCUGUGAUGUACAGCUUUGGAUUAAACUUGCAUACAAAUACUUGAAUCAAAAUGAAGGCUCAUCAUCUGAGUGUUUAGAUUCUACUUUAAAUGUUUUGGCUCGAGCCCUUGAGAGCAACAAAGAAAAUCCUGAAAUUUGGUGUCAUUACCUCAGACUCUUCUCAAAAAGAGGAACCAAGGAGGAGAUACAGGAAAUGUGUGAAACAGCAGUGGAAUAUGCUCCCUCUUAUCAAAUCUGGUGGACAUUUCUGAAUUUGGAGAAUUCCUUUGAUGGAAAAGACUACGUUUGUGGGAGGAUGCUACAGUUCCUAAUGGAAGUGACAGGGGGAGAAGAAAAUCGAAAUCUCUUGUCCUUUCAGCUGUUGGAGACUCUCCUGUAUAGGGUUCAAUUAAGCCUGUUUACAGGAAGACAUCAGAAUGCUCUUGUUCUGCUGCAGAAUGCUUUAAAAUCAGCAAAUGAAAAGAUAAUAUCAGAACGCCUUACUGUAAGUGACCGUUGCUUGGCUUGGCUGGCUUACAUACAUCUAACUGAAUUUGGCAUUCUCCCAGUCAAGUUCUAUGAUCCAGCUAAUGUCAGUCCUUCAAGGGUUGUGAACAAAGAGCCAUUUUUAAUACCAUGGCAAACAGUUCAAGAUGUGAAGACUGAUCCUGAUACGCUGUUAGCUAUGUUUGAAGAUGCGGUCAAAACAUGUACUGAUGAAAGCCUUGAGGCUGACAAAAGAAUAGCUAUCUGCUUUCCUCUCUACAGAAACAUGAUAGCUUUGCUGAAACUUCUUGAAAGGUGGGAGUCUGCUGCAGAACUUUGUAGAUCUUUAUUGGAGCUCUGCCCUAACAACUGUCAGCUCUUGGAGAGUUUAGCCACCGUGUAUUUGCAGAUGGAGCAGAGUGACAAUGCCUACAAAGUGUGGACUGGAGCUUUUGAGAAGUAUCCUCAGAAUGCAGAAAUUUUUUAUCAGUUGUGUAAAUUCCUUGUUUCACAGGAAAGGUCAAGCAGUAUUCUUCCGCUGUUGCAAGAUUUUGUGGCAGCUUUCUUUGAGGAUACAUGCCAACAGCAUGGUCCCAUGGAUCUCUUAAGAUACCUCUUGAAUUUUCCAAUGCCAAUUGAAUUUACAUCACCUCUCUAUAAAGAGCAUCUUACAGAUGAUGUUGUAAACCAGCAAAUCCCGUAUCUGUGGCAGAUCUACUGUUUGUGCCAGUCUCUUCACGUGAGUGUUGGUGAAGCACUGGAUGCUUAUGAAGCAGCUCUGGGGGCAGUGAUGCAGCAGGAAACUGUUCAGAACAUCUGGCUGGAUUACCUUGUUUUUAUCAAUAGCAAAGUUGUUGGAUCCAACAACAAAGUUCAAGAAUUCAAGCUUUUUACUGACCUAGUGAACAGAUGUCUGGUUACAGUCCCCACACGAUACCCAAUUCCUUUUAGUACUGCUGAUUAUUGGACCAAUUAUGAGUUUCACAAUAAGGUAAUUCUUUUUUAUUUGAGCUGCAUUCCAAAAUCUCAACAUUCCAAAGCCUUGGAACGGUUUUGUUCUACCAUGCCUGCUAAUCCUGGACUUGCACUGAGACUGCUUCUGCGAUACUGGGAGGAGAGCAAUGUUCAAAUUCUGAAACUGCAAGCCAAGAUGUUUACAUAUAAUAUCCCAACAUGCCUGGCCAUCUGGAAAAUAGCCAUUGCUGCCGAAUGCUUUCUAAUGGGACAAAGAGAAGUCCAUCAUUUAUAUCAGAGAGCCCUUCAGAAGUUACCUCUAUGUGCAACACUGUGGAAAGAUCAACUCUUGUUUGAAGCAUCAGGAGGAGGUAAAACUGAUAACCUGAGAAAACUAGUUUCCAAGUGCCAAGAGGUUGGAGUCAGCCUAGAUGAGCUUUUAAAUUUAAACACUUACAGAACAGAAAGCAAGAAUCACUGAACGCUGGGUACGGUCAGCCAUAAGUCCUAUUAAAUGCCAAAAUCAGUUGAAUGAUUCUUCAGGCUGAUCCAUGCCUAAGAUCUGUGUAAGGCAGAUGAGUAUUGCUGAGCAUAUCAAGUCUCCAAUCUGCUUUCCUUGAACCUGGAAACAAUUAACAUGACCCUCCUCUGGAAAAAUGAACUCCCUGUCUGGCCUUGCUUCUGGGCCCUGCCAGAUUCUCAUAACGUCAUCUACGUAAGUAUAGUUAAUCAAAAUGACAGACAUUAUUUUUUUAUGUUUUCUUUUUAUUUUCUGUUUUCUUUGUUUUGCUGUUCCUGAUUCACUUGACACUCUCACUGAUGCCUGAGAGAUCUGUGUUUGGGAUUAAUUUACUGGGCUGUGUUUACAGUAAAAAAAACAAGUAGUCCAUUUUGGGUUUUUCCUUUUUUAAACCUUUUUUGAGACUUUUUCAUUACAGGAUUUAAAACAAAGCAGCCGCUCUUAAGGAAAGUGUAACUGCCGUGGCCACAAGUAUGCUUCUUGCACUUGAAGGCUCUAAGAGGGUUGCUUACUACCCUUUUCUGCAUUGGACUCACGGCAGAGACUAUUAAACUUGAAGAUUAAAGAAACUAUUGCAAAUGCCAGUGCAUCAGAACCUAAGAGUGGUCAAUUAUGUGCAAUUUUUUGUAAAGAAAUUUUAAUUUAUAAUAAAGUUUAACAGUUUAAAGAAA